UAUACUUGCACAAGACAUGAGUCACGUGACCAUUUUUAAUUUUCUCAAAACGACCCCAAAAGAAAUGACAAACUGAAAAAAGGGCAUCUUCUUUUAGGGAUUGGAGCAUAUACCCCCUCGGCACCUCACCUUCCAAUUACAUUCCCCAAAUUUCCAUUUCUGAAAAAAAGAAUAUCCCAUCUGAAGAAUCGCUUCUUUUGCCAUGGCCCCUCAGCUUCUCCUUUCUCUCUCCUGCUCCUCAAAUCUUCCAUAAAACUAAUUCAAAAUUCAACCCCCAUUUAUUCAAGAAUCAUCAUGUCAACUUCUCUCUCUAGAAACCCCGCUCUCUCUCCUCUUCCCUUCGUUGCCUCAACUACUUCCUCUUCUUUUCCUUCUUCAUUCAACUACACUCCCACGAAUUUUACUUGCUUCUGUGCAUCAUCCGAAGCAAUAAGAAGACCCAUUUGUCAAAUUUGUGUAAAGACUAAAUUUUUACAGUCCAAAAGGGGUAAACAAUUGAGAAUCUUGAAAGUUAGAUCAUCAGCUAAUGAAAAACCCAUUGCAGCAGCUGCUAGCAGUAGCAGUGAGUACGAGGAAGGAGAAGAAGAAAACCCUCCUCCCAUGGUUGAGUCCGAGAUUAAUUCUAGACCCAGACGCAUUGCUCUCUUCGUUGAACCUUCUCCGUUUGCGUAUGUGUCUGGAUACAAGAACAGGUUCCAGAAUUUCAUUAGAUAUCUACGCGAAAUGGGGGAUGAGGUCAUGGUUGUGACAACACACGAAGGAGUGCCGCAGGAAUUUUACGGAGCUCAAUUGAUUGGCUCAAGAAGCUUCCCUUGUCCGUGGUACCAAAAAGUACCUCUUUCGCUAGCACUCAGCCCACGAAUAAUCUCGGCAGUUGCCAAAUUCAAACCCGACAUCAUACACGCAUCGUCUCCCGGCAUUAUGGUAUUUGGCGCUCUAAUCAUUGCAAAACUGCUGUCUGUACCUAUUGUGAUAUCAUAUCACACACAUGUUCCUGUAUAUAUACCCAGGUAUACCUUUAGUUGGCUGGUCAAACCAAUGUGGUUAGUUAUUAAAUUUCUGCACAGAGCCGCCGAUCUUACGCUGGUGCCAUCUGCUGCCAUUGCAAAGGAUCUACAAGCAGCUCGAGUAACAGCAUCAAACAAAAUACGUCUCUGGAAUAAGGGUGUCGAUUCUGAGAGCUUCAACCCUCGGUUUCGCUCUCAAGAAAUGAGAUUUAGAUUAAGCAAUGGAGAACCCGACAAGCCAUUGAUAGUUCACGUAGGUCGGCUUGGAGUCGAGAAAAGCUUGGAUUUCCUCAAAGGUGUCAUGGAUAAGCUUCCAGAAGCUCGAAUAGCUUUCAUCGGGGACGGACCAUUCAGAGGGGAGCUGGAGCAAAUGUUCUCCGGGAUGAAUGCAGUUUUUACGGGAACAUUACACGGAGAAGAACUUUCCCAAGCAUACGCAAGCGGAGACAUUUUCGUAAUGCCUUCAGAGUCGGAGACACUCGGCUUCGUGGUAUUGGAGGCCAUGUCAUCAGGACUUGCUGUGGUGGCGGCACGUGCGGGUGGUAUCCCGGACAUCAUCCCGGAGGAUCACGAGGGCAAAACGGGGUUUUUAUAUAAUCCCGGAGAUCUCGACGACUGUUUGAGCAAACUGAAGCCUCUUCUGCAUGAUCAAGAACUGAGGGAAGUGAUUGGGAGAGAGGCGCGUGUGGAAAUGGAGAAGUAUGAUUGGAGGGCUGCCACUCGAAAGAUCCGGAACGAACAGUAUAAUGCUGCUAUAUGGUUCUGGAGGAAGAAGAGAGCUCAGUUCUUUAGACCUUUUCAGUGGUGGUUUCGCCGUGUGGUCCACGCGCCUCCCCCUGCAAUUGAAUUGUAAUUCAUGCCACGUGUAUUUUUUGAAAAAAUAAUUAGUUUAUAUAUUACUUUCACUUUGUUUGGGAAAUACAUUGUGGACGAGAUUUUUGUAAUCAGUGGGGAAACCUUGUACAAAAUUAUUUAAUCAUGCAAUUAACAAUGGAGGCCCGAUUUAUAUAUUGCAACAAAAUUGAAUCGA